CAGAGAGAGCAGGAAGGUAGGUACCAAAGUCAGCCUCCUAGGCAACUGAAGCAUGUGGCGGCGGAAGAGCACUCGGUGCAGACAUCGGGGGCAACGCCGAUUGAGCCCUCGUGGUUUUAAAGUGUCGCGAUCGCCGAUGCUAAGGCUGGGCCGUGCUCGCACCCCGACCUCCUCGCCUGCUGCUAUCUCGGAAGCCCCGAAUGGCGGCCGACCUGCGGCGAGUAUGAGGGAGCGGGAGAUGUCUUCAACUGAUGGAGAUGGUGGAUCUCCAGGUCGCUAUCGGGAAAGGCGUGGUGGUGAAUCCGAGCUUCACCCGAAGGUCCCUAUUGCUGGGGGGAACCACGCCGGCGGAGAAGCACAGGCGGUCAAGAUUGCGCCAAGAGAUGCUCUCCGGAGGAGAUUGAUUAUUGAGGAUUGGGAGGAUGAGUCUCCCAUUCUUGUGAGGCCGAUGGAGGAUACAGAGACGGUGGGGGAGACGAUGAAGAAGGGGAAGCGGCUUAUCAAGAAAGAGGCGGCCAGUGAUGGGCCCAAGGUGGCUUCAGCCCGCAAGGCUGUAGCCCACAAGAAGAAGACUGCUUCGGACCGGCCAAGUAAUCCUACUGGGACGGCCCGAAAGAAAAAGGGCCUGCCCGAUCUCCAUUGGGAAAGGAGGCUGGAACUGGGAAGGCGGCCCAUUCGGCUGAUAAGGCGCCAGCUCAGGCCCAAGAUCCGUCGGCCCAGAUGGAGUCCAAAGUGGCGGAGGAGCCCACUAAGACCGAAGGGAUGCCUUCUCCCAAAGGGUCGUCUUCGGAAGAGGAUGAGCAGCGUUUUGUGAUCAAGGCUCGUACCACACCAACGAAGCUGCAGAGCCAGGUUCUCCCGGGACAAGUUCGUCA